AUACUUCAAAGUGCUGCUGCAGGAGCAUUCCCACAGUAGUGCUUUGAAGUUUCCAGUAUUAGGGAAGGGAAGCUGUGUCCACCUCAGCCCCAUGAUUAUCAGCUGCCUCCCACACAGGCAGGCCAGACUGGCACAGGGGAUAGUUCCAUGGGGGAUGUAAGGCAAGGGUGGGAAUAGGAGGGCACUGCCCUUGAGAGGGGGAGAGAAAACGGGGCCUAUCAUCGUCUCCUCCCCUCUCUGUCACAUUCUCCCCUUACAGAAUAGGAACAGGGGCAUGCUACAGUAAAGGGAGGGUUGAGGGAAAACAAUAUUCACCUGUGGCUGUGGCCCCUUUUACAGUGUUUUCCAGCUGCCAGCUCCAGGCGCAGCUAUGCACUUGCUGGCACCUGUGUCACAGACAAGACAGAGCUCUGAGCUGAUUUGGGAUUCCUGAGUGAGUGUGUGCAUGCGUGCGUGUGUGCUGGAGUGAAAGGGACACUGGACAAGUACCAUGCAGCAAUACAGGGAGCUUUGUUUUCACAGGGAAGCUUUUCAUUGUCCCACUCAACAUUCAGUAACAUCCACCUGGAUUUUGUUAUUAGUUCUUUUACAGUAGCACCAAGGGGCCCCAACAUGGAUCAGGACCCUAUUUGUGCUAGGAGCUGAACAUGUACAGUAGAACCUCAGAGUUACAAACACCAGUGUAACGAACUGACUGGUCAACCAUACCUCAUUUGGAACUGAAAGUAUGCAGUCAGGCAGCAGCAGAGAGAGAGGAAAAAAAAGAACGAAAGAAAGAAAGAAAAAAAAAAGCAAAUACAGUACAUAACUGUGUUAAAUUUAAACUACUAAAAAUAAAGGGAAAGUUUAAAAAAAAUUGACAAGGAAACUUUCUGUGCUAGUUUCAUUUAAAUUAAGAUGGUUAAAAGCAGCACUUUUCUUCUGCAAAGUUUCAAAGCUGUAUUAAGUCAAUAUUCAGUUGUAAACUUUUGAAAGAACAACCGUAACAUUUUGUUCAGAGUUACGAACAUUUCAGUUACAAACAACCUCCAUUCCUGAGGUAUCCAUAACUCUGAGGUUCUACUGUACAUAGUAAAAGACAGUCCCUGUAUCAAAGAACUUACAAUCUAAAUAGACAGUGGGGACACAGAAAAAAUUACUUGUACAAUGUCACCCAGCUAAUCAGUGACAAAGGCAGGCAUAGAAGAACCCAGGUGUCCCGAUUCCAAAUCUGGUACCCUAUGCACAUGAGAUUUCUUGGUCUUCCCCUGUCCUGAUCACUGUAGGCCUGAUAGCUCUAGCAGAAGUCAAUGAGAACUGCAGGUGUGCAAACCAGGCCUAGAUGCUGCUGCUUACUGAUCCUUAUCUAAGGUAGCAGGACUUCAGGUUGACUCCAAGCUGCGCUCCCUCAGUAACAAAGCUGAGACAGUUUAAAUUAAACUGUUACACCUAACCUAAUUGAACUGUGCAGUCAUACCCUCCCUUUUGUAUUUUUCUCAUAAAACAUCUGUGGCAGAGAUUAGGGGGGAGGCAGUUAGAGAACAGGAUUUGACUAGCAAACCAGACUACUGAAUCUGCUGCCUGCCUCCAGUGCUAUCCACUGCUUUGGAGGAAGGUGAAAAGCCCCAUACAGCACCUGGCCAAUUGUGGGAAGUCCUUUCUGCACAGAGCAGGGAGUGCAUUCUCCCACUUGCUCAGAAAUGGACUCAUGUAGGAACUCUCUCCACUCCCAAAGAUCAAUUAGCCCUGGAGAGUACUCCCCCUUUCCCCUCCAUGCACAGAUGAAUUCACUCAGCAGGAGAUCAUUUUUUUGUGAUGUAAACACUUGUCAGUUAAGAACAAAUCAAAGGACAAACACAUUCUGGAUGGAUCAUCACACAGCCACCAGAAUGUAACACACUACUGUCGCUCCUGAGCUGUCCCAGAGAGAAAGGCAGCGUAUUCCAUGUAACAGUCACUGGAGCCAUCUAGUCCUCCUGAUACUCAUUCUCCUGUCUUUCUAACAGCUGAUUGGGACAACAUCAUCUACCCUGCAGAGUUCUGACACCACUCUGGAGUUGAAUCUGAAGCACUUCAUCUUUGGAGAAGUUCAAACUGGCUGCAAACUCUCCUGUUCAGGACCCUCUAUGACUGGCCAAACCAGAACUCUGACUCCAUACACCCUUGAGCUGGAUCCAAAUCUGGAUUUGAGUUUACUAGUUCACACCCAUUUCUGAUACAUACAAACAGACACCAGCUCUACACAUCCCGUCUCCUCCAUCUCCAGUAUUGCCAGCCCCAGGCAUUCAAAUAUCAUGAGUCAGCCCCCCCAUGAGAUUUUUCAAAGUAACAAUGUGGGGGAGGUCUUUUUAUUUGGUUUUUGGUUUCUGAGCCAUCACUCAGGUCACAUAUUUCAGCUUCUCUUUGCAAUGAUGUGGGCUAGAAUCUCUCAAGACCACUUGACUCCAAGGAACUGGGGCUUGCAGAAAAACACCAAGUAGUGUGAAACUCACCCUGGUUUGGGUGUGCCCUAGCCUGGGUGCAUUGACUGAAUGAAUAAAAGCUCAUGAAUAUUAUUCUGGAUAGACAAGGCUAGUGUUUUGCUGCGGAUGUUUCUUGGUAGAGCAGUAAGGCCCUUUCUGGGAGAAUCUGAGCUUAAAAAAAAAUAAUGCUUAGCAUUUCCUUAAUGGAAAUCCAGCGGGGAAAACCCCUGCAGUUCCAUUCUCGUAGGCCAGGCAGGACUGCAAAUUCCAGAUCACCUGCCAAGCUUAUAAAACAGGUGAAACAAGUGAAAAGAGUGACACAUACAGUCACAAACAGAUCCUGAGAGAUACAGAGAGAGAAAAGGUGAAUCUAUCUGGACACACAGGCAGCCAGAGAAGAGCAGCAACAGCACAGAUCCUUGUAGAACACCAAUGGGAAACUGGGUCCUGAACCACUGGUUUCCAGCUGUGGUGAUUGCAGCCUGGUUGGGCCUGAAUGUUUUCCUGUUUGUAUAUUAUUUCCUGCUGUUUGACAGGGAUAAGAAGUUCUACUACACCAGAGUGCUCCUUGGGUCUGCACUGGCAUGGGCCAGGGCCUCAGCAAAAUGCCUGAACUUUAACAGCAUGCUGAUCCUGUUACCAGUGUGUCGCAACCUGCUUUCCUUCCUGAGGGGCACCUGCUUGUGUUGCAGGCGCACAAUGAGGAAGCAGCUGGAUCACAACCUCACCUUCCACAAGCUUGUGGCCUACGCGAUUGCCCUGCUCACAGCUGUUCACAUCAUCGCCCACCUGUGUAACUUUGAGUGGUACAAUGACAGCCAGCAAGCUGCGGAUGGGAGCCUCUCCUCCAUCCUCUCCAACCUGCAUCAAGAUGAGGAGAGUAACAAAUGGCUAAACCCCAUCCACACCAACAGCACAACUCCAGCAUAUGUAACAUUCACUACCAUCCCGGGCCUGACAGGCGUAAUCAUCACUUUGGCGCUGAUCCUCAUGGUCACCUCCUCCAUGGAGUUCAUCCGCAGGAGCUAUUUUGAGGUCUUCUGGUACACACACCAUCUCUUCAUCAUCUACUUCGCCGGUCUUGUUAUCCAUGGCAUCGCUGGUCUAGUUCGUGGGCAGACAGCAAAGAGCUUGAAUAAGCACAACCCAGAGCACUGUGCGCAGGACCCUACACACUGGGGAGGAAACAACACAGACUCCCACUGUGAAGAGCCCGAGUUUGGGAGCAUCCCAGCUGAGUCCUGGCAGUGGGUGCUGACCCCAAUUCUUCUCUAUGUCUUUGAGCGGGUCUUACGCUUUUGGCGUUCUCGACAGAGGGUCGUCGUUACAAAGGCUGUUGUACACCCAUCAAAAGUGUUAGAACUACAGAUGCACAAGAAGGGCUUCAGCAUGGAAGUGGGCCAGUAUAUUUUCAUCAAUUGCCCCUCUGUCUCGCACCUGGAGUGGCAUCCUUUCACCCUGACCUCUGCACCAGAAGAAGAUUUCUUCUCUGUUCACAUCCGGGCAGCAGGGGACUGGACAGAGAAUCUUAUUGAUACCUUUCAGCAGCAGAAACCAAAGACACCCAGGAUAGAGGUGGAUGGCCCCUUUGGCACAGCCAGUGAAGAUGUGUUCCAGUAUGAGGUUGCUAUGCUGGUGGGAGCAGGGAUCGGGGUCACGCCGUUUGCCUCUGUACUGAAAUCAAUCUGGUACAAGUUCCAGCAUGCAGACCAGCGUCUCAAAACCAAAAAGAUCUACUUCUACUGGCUCUGCCGGGAUACAGGUGCAUUUACCUGGUUCAAUGACCUGCUCGCCUCCCUGGAGCAAGAGAUGGAGGAAUCUGGCAAAACAGGUUUCCUGAACUAUCGACUCUUCCUCACAGGCUGGGACAACAGCGUUGCUGGCCAAGCAGCUUUCAACUUUGAUAACGACACAGAUGUGGUGACAGGUCUCAAACAGAAAACCUCCUUUGGGAGACCCAUGUGGAGGAAUGAGUUCUCUGCAGUGGCAACUGCCCACCCCAGGUCUGUAGUGGGGGUGUUCCUCUGUGGGCCUCAAGCUUUGGCAAAGAGCCUGCAGAAGUGCUGCCAUCAGUACUCCAGCCUGGACCCUAGGAAGGUCAAAUUCUACUUCAACAAGGAGAACUUCUAAGCAGCAGGAACAUGGCGACUAUACUGUGACACACCACAACCUCCCAAAGAACAAUUAUCUGAUCCUCUACAGCUCCUUUUAAAACUGAAUCAACCUGGCCCUGCUGAGGAUGCGCUGACUGACACUACUGGGAAAUGCUGCCAUUCAAACCACAUGUCUCCUAUCUACUAAACUCAAGGAAGAAGUGAGUUUCCAGAACAACACUGCGUUCCUCCAAAGGAAGUGUCCUUUUGAGUUUUCCACCUUGCAUCUCCUUUAAAAGGGAGGGGAAUGGGUCUCCUUCACUAGAGGUCAACAGUGAUCUCACAUGCAGAUCAGAGUUGAAAUGGACUUUCUGGUGCAAUCAGCAUGAUCUUACAAAGUUCAAUUGCGGCACCUGCACAAGGGACUGACAAAGGCUGAGACUGAUCAUUAAACUUGAUUUGGGCAUGGACAGAGGAAUUCCAGGAUGAUGGGCUUGGGGGAAAUCUGCUGGGGAGAACGAUAGAGGUAAUUUGUAGUUAAUCCAUCACAAAGGGGCAAUAUUCUCCAAUAAAUGUUUCUGUACAUGAAUAUUAAAAUAAACAAAACUUGCUUCCAUUGUAAAUAACUUGGGAUAAAACCCAACCCAGGUGAACCAUUCUGUUCAAUU